UUUAAUAAAGAGACGAGUCAGUAUACAUUGCAUUUAAUACUAAUAGCAUUUCUAAAGAUAAGGACAAUAAAAUGAAUUUGGAAAGAGUUCAAAUCGAUCAGUGCCAAUUUGGUGUUAAGCUCAUUAUUUACAGUUUGGAGCACAACAAGAAAUAGAAAAUGUACAAUUAUCAACUCUCACAAUUUUUUAUUAUUGACACUGAAGAAUUUACACAAUGCUGACUUUGACAACUAUACCAAACAUGCUGUCUAGUAAGGUUUCUUAUGGUUAAAAUGUUGCGUUAUGACGGAUGUACUUUUUAAGACAGUGACUAACUAGGAAUAUUCCUUCUGAAUGAAUGCAAUUAUAUCACAUAUCCUGAUUAUCUCAGAGGUAUCUUUUGACAAGAAGCAUGAAGGACCAAAUAGGGCAGCUGUUCUUUUGUUCUGUCCUACAUACAAAUGUAGAGAGAUCAAAUGCUAUAAUUAAACUAUAGUCUUUAUUUUAGUACAUAUUGGUAAGUACAUUUUUAUACAUACCUCCUUAUUAACACUGCAUAACACUGGUAAGCAUCAACCUCCUGCUUGAUGAAACAGCUGCUUUGUCCACCUCUAAGAGAUUUGGCACCAAGUCAUCCAGUCCUUCCAGGAAUGAUUGCAGCAGGAGGGGCCUUUAUAUAGGAGGGGCAAAUGGGCUGGUUGACAUGGAGAGGAACGGAGCAGAGUCAAGACGCUACAAUCUGGAGUUACACCAUGUGCAACUGGCGCCACUCCCUAAGCUUUCUGAUCCUUCUGCUGUCCUCACCAGCCCUAAGAAUGACCAAGGACCUAUUUCCUGAUAUAGUAGAUAAGGCAUUCAUUGAGGAAUGCCUAAGAGAGCACAACGCAGGUCGGUCGAGAGUCUCUCCUCCUGCUAGCAACAUGCUUUACAUGACAUGGGAUGAAGGCCUCGCAGUCACAGCAAGAGCGUGGGCAAGAAAAUGCCUCUUUGAGCACAAUAUUUACCUCCACGAGAAAGGCAAGGUCCAUCCUGUCUUCACCACUGUGGGGGAGAACAUCUGGGCAGGGGCACCAUACACCAUGUUUUCAGUAAAGAAGGCCAUUGAAGACUGGAUUAACGAAAAUCUUCAUUAUGACUAUGACAAUCAUCACUGCAAAGAAGUCUGUACGCACUACACGUUGUAUGGGCAGAGACAUACAAGGUUGGUUGUGCUGUGCAGGCCUGUCCCAGUGGAGUGGCAAAAACAACAUUCAUGUCCACACCAGGAGCCAUUUUUGUCUGCAACUAUGCACCAGCGUAAAGGAAAUUACCCUCAUGCUCCCUACUUGAAUGGAGAGUCCUGCAGCAGAUGUGGCAAUGAGAAGUGUGAUAACAAACUCUGCCACAACAUCACUCGAGAAGAACCUAGGCGAUAUAAGUGGAAUCCUGAUUGGGAUCCUGCUCUGCCUUUGUUUGGGUCAUUCUACAAGACUAUACUUAUCAUCAGACCCCUUUCUCUGGUGUUUAUCUUCAGCUGUGUAUACUGCCUUCAGCGUCACUACACAAACCUCUUUGCCUACACUGCCUGACGGAAGGAUGUGGUUAAACUACAACUCUCCACCCACCCCACCCCUCACUAAAUGUUUUACUUUGAAAUUGCUUGAUAAAUUUGGGAUGUAUGCCAUGAAAACAUCUGUAAACAUUGCUAAAACUACCAUGUGUGACAAGUUUUUGAGAAAUUACUAUAGAUAUAUUUGUAACCAUGAUGUUAAAGCAUUUCAGAAAAACCUAAAACAGCAGCAGGGAUAGACGUGAAGUGACACAUCUCACUAUCUGAACUCUACAGUGAUGCUGACACAAGUAAAGCCCCCAUCAAUACUGUUCCAUCUGAUGAUCUGGCAGCUCUACACCCAAAGACAUGUAACAGUGUUAUUGCUGUGCUGACAAUAGUCUGGCAUCCAUACAAUAUCAGGACAUCAUUUAGCAAAAACAUACCAGUGAUGAACUGGGUAGAGAAUGCCAGAAGAACUGUGGAAUAGAUGGGCUGCAGUGUGUAAUUGUACACUUAUAGAAUCUGCCUAUAAGUGCAAAGAUAUCAGACAGACAUUGCAACAUUUUUUAUGCAAUGGUGUUAGACAGUUGCCCAUGUGCAAAUCAUGUCCACUUAGAUGUGGAAAUUCUGGUACAUAUUUAGCCCCACCCCCUUUCUUUCUUGCUAAAGAUUUCAGAUUAAAAAAAAUAGUUUACAACUUGUAUCAACUUAUUUGUUAUUUUGUAGGUUUAAAUUAAAGUUAUUUGUCUUUUUUGUUCCACUUAGUUAAAGCUACAUUUUCUGCUCUUUCCACUUCAUUUCUGUUCUUGAACAAAUCCUCGCAGAAAUGGGUAUGCAUUAACCUUUACCUUGAGCUAAAUACAGUGUCUGGCACCAGAACCUAGGCGUGUGUUGAAUCAGUAGCCGCAUGAGUCUCACACUGUUGCUUUUUGCAGCAGGAGAAUCUUUUCCCUCUGGAGCUAUAUUAAUUCUCUGAGGUGAGUUCUGAUGAGUGUAAAGGAAUAUUUCAUCCCUGUCAUCUGCAAGGGCAAAGAUUCUUUAAUAAAAGCAUGUGAGAAUGAGAAUGAAGUAAAGAGCAGAGGAAAUCACAACCGCAGAUGCUGGUGGACUGAAACUUUACAAAAUCUCCCUCUGAUGUACAAAUGCAUUCAGUCCUACUCAUUCCAUCACAGACAGAAACUUUGACUCAGCAGGGCAUUUAAGACCCAGUUGAAUAAUACCUAACAUUACAAUUUUUUACAUUUCUUUUUUGUUUCUGUGAUUUUCAAAAGGGAGUGGACUAAUUCAUUCCCAGUUGCUGCAUCUUAGAAAACACAAUUUCUGGAUGCACUGUAUUGAAUGCUGAAAAAAACCUAAUAAACAAUACUCUUGCA